AUGCAGGAGCUGGUGGCUGGUGUGGAGAAGAUCAGAUUUGACUUGGAAGCUGAUGUGGAGCAGCAGAGAGGAGCUCAGCCCCUGCCCUUCCCGGGUAUGGACAAGCUGGGGGCGGCUGUCUGCGAGUUCUUCCAUCGAGGGCUGUGCACCAAGGGCGUGCGGUGCCCCUUCCGGCACGUCGGCGGGGAGAAGACGGUGGUGUGCAAGCACUGGCUGCGUGGGCUCUGCAAGAAGGGCGACGGGUGUGACUUCCUGCACGAGUACGACGUGACCAAGAUGCCCGAGUGCUAUUUCUACUCCAAGUUCGGUGAGUGCAGCAACAAGGACUGUCCCUUCUUGCACAUUGAUGCCACCACCAGUACCAUGGGCUGUCCCUGGUAUGACCGUGGUUUCUGCAGGCACGGUCCCCUGUGCAAGUACAAGCACACGCGGAGGGUGAUGUGUGCCAACUACCUUGUCGGCUUCUGCCCAGAAGGACCCAAGUGCAAAUUCAUGCAGUACGUGCGGGGCAGGCUGGGGGGAACUCGGCGCACGCAGCUGGCCUGGGACAGCAGGGGACAGCCCCUCUCUGAGGCUGCAGAGGUGGACGUGGCCCUUGCAGUGUCUGGCCUCAAGGCCGGGCUGAUGACGAGCAGCACAGAUCCAUCCAAGGGAGCUGGCUGUCCUUGGGGGCUGGCACGGCUGGAUCUGGCUGCCGGCAGGGAGAGUGGAUGCAAGGACGUGCCACCCAUGGAGCCCCCUCUACCAGUCACUGGCGCUACCCAGCACCUGACAGCGCUGCUGUGGGACACCAACAGUGGCCCCCAGGGCCCACAGAGCCUGCUUGAACCGGGGCGUCUGCUUCAAGUGCGGACAGAAAGGUCACUACGCCAAUAA